AUGGCUCCUCCUGCCGCGGGGGGCGCAGCCCGUAGCCCCCGGCUCCCGGGGGUGACGACCCCCCUGCCGCCGCCGCCGCUGCCGCUGCUGCUGCUGCUGCUGCUGCUGCUGCCACCGCUGCUGCUCCGGGGGAGCGCCGCGCUGGAGAUCCAACGGCGAUUCCCCUCGCCCACCCCAACCAACAACUUCGCUCUGGACGGCCCCGGGGGGAAGGUGUACCUGGCGGCGGUGAACAGGCUCUACCAGCUGUCCGGCCCCAACCUGAGUCUGGAGGUGGAGGAGGCUGUGGGGCCGGUGCGGGACAACCCGCUGUGCCACGCCCCGCAGCUCCCCCAGGCCUCCUGCGAGCACCCCAAGAUGCUGACCAACAACUACAACAAGAUCCUUCAGCUGGACCCGGGGCAGGGCUUGGUGGUGGUCUGCGGCUCCAUUUACCAGGGCUUCUGCCAACUGAGGCGUCUGGGCAACAUCUCGGCUGUGGCCGUGAGCUUCCCCCCGACGGCUGACGGCGCCGAGCCGGUCACAGUCUUCCCUAGCAUGCUCAACGUAGCGGCCAACCACCCCAACGCCUCCACCGUGGGUCUGGUGCUGGAGCCGCCGUCGGGGGUCCUCGGAGGUGCCAGCCCCGGCGGGACCCGGCUGCUGGUGGGAGCCACCUAUACCGGCUUCGGGAGCCAGUUCUUUCCCCGCAACCAAAGCCUGGAGGACCACCGCUUCGAAAACACGCCGGAGAUCGCCAUCCGCUCCCUGGACACGCGUGGCGACCUGGCCAAGCUCUUCACCUUCGACCUCAACCCCUCCGACGACAAUAUCCUCAAGAUCAAGCAGGGAGCCAAGGCCGGGCACAAACUGGGCUUCGUCCGCGCCUUCCUGCACCCGGGCAGCAGUGGUGGCCCGGCGGCGCCCCACAGACGGGACGGGCCCCGGACCCCGAGCACCCCAGCCUACGCCUACCUGGCCCUGAACAGCGAGGCCAAGGCUGGAGACAAGGAGAGUCAGUCUCACAGCCUCCUGGCCCGCAUCUGCUUGGGCUGGGGGCCGGCCGGGGGCCCCGGCGGGGCGGCCGCUGAGACCAAGAAGCUCACCGAGUCCUACAUCCAGCUGAAGUUGCACUGCGGCGGGCCGGCUGGCGGCGAGGUCUUCAACCGGCUGGUGUCCGUGUUCCCGGCGGCGCCCGGGCCGAGCCGGCCCGAAGACCUGCUGUUCGGGGUGUUUGAGCGGGCAGCCCCCGGCGGCACCGCGGCUGCGGGAACCCGCGCGCAGUCGGCCCUCUGCGUGUUCCGCUUUCUGGACAUCGAGGGCGCGAUCCGGGCGGCUCGCAAUGCGUGCUUCGUGGACCCCUCGCCCGACGUGGUCGCCGUCCUGGAGAGUGUGGUCCAGGGCACCGGGCCGGCUUGCGAGAAGAAAAGGAACAUCCAGCUCCAGCCAGAGCAGCUAGACUGUGGAGCUGCCCACCUCCAACAUCCACUGUCCAUUUUGCAGCCUCUCAAGGCCACGCCGGUGUUUCGCUACCAAGGGCUAACUUCUGUGGCUGUGGCCAGUGUCAACAACUACACCGUUGUGUUCCUGGGAACAGCCAAUGGGAGGCUACUCAAGAUUAACUUGAACAAUACCAUGCACAUCAUGAGCAGGAAGUCUAUCACGGUGGCUUAUGGGGAAGCGGUGCACCACGUCAUGCAGUUUGAUCCCUCAGAUCCCAGCUACCUUUACGUGAUGACCUCCCACCAGAUGGCCAGAGUGAAGGUCGCUGUGUGUGACCAGUACACAACCUGCACAGACUGCCUGGCGGCAGAGGAUGCCUACUGCGGCUGGUGCGCCAUGGAGACCAGAUGCUCCCUCCAGCAUGAGUGUAUCAACUCCAGUCAACCCCACUUCUGGACCAGUGCCAGUGAGGGUAUCCAGCGCUGCCCAUCCAUGACCAUCCUGCCCUCAGAAAUCAAUAUCCACCAGGAGUAUUCGGGGAUGAUCAUCCAGAUCAGCGGCAACAUGCCCAGUUUGAGUGGGAUGGAGAUGGCCUGUGACUAUGGGAAUGGCGUUCACACUGUGGCCAGGGUCCCUGGCCCAGACUUCAGCCACCAGAUAGCUUACUGCAAUUUUCUUCCUAGGGACAAGUACCCUGAAUUUCCAUCAGACCAAGACCACGUGACCGUCCAGACAGCCGUGCAGGUCAAUGGCAGAAACAUCGUCUGGGCCAAUUUCACCAUCUAUGACUGUACCCGCACAGGAAAGGUCUACCCUCAUACAGCAUGCACCAGCUGUCUGUCCACCCGAUGGCCCUGUUUCUGGUGUACUCAGCAGCAUACCUGUGUCUCCAACGUGUCAGAGUGUGGGAACACACCAAACCCCACAGACAGCCGGGACUGCCCUCGGAUCCUGCCUACACCACUAGCCCCAGUGCCCACAGGGGGCCUGCAGAACAUCCAUGUCUUGCUGGCCAACACUGUCUUCUCCCAGGGUGUGUCGCUGGCCUGCAACUUUGGAAGCGAUGAGACCUUUGAGGCUACGUGGAUCAAUGCUUCAGAAAUUCAGUGCAGCCACGUUGUGCUUCACACCCCUCAGAGGAGCCAGAUUUUCCCAGUAAACCUUCAGCUAAAGGGGAAACCAGACCGAUUUAUUGACAGCCCCGAGAAGAUGACAGUGGAGGUCUACAACUGCGCCAUGGGGAGCACGGACUGUUCCCAGUGCAUGGGGAGAGAGGACCUGGGCCACAAAUGCAUCUGGAAUGAGGGCUGUAGACUGAACCACCAGCCCCAGCCAGUCACCACUAUCUGCCCUGCCCCAGAGAUCAGGAAGAUCGAGCCCCUGAGCGGCCCCCUGGAAGGAGGGACCCUCCUGACAAUCCGUGGGAAGAACCUGGGCCGCAGAUUCAGUGAAGUGGCCUAUAGCACCUGGAUCGGCGGCGUGCCCUGCGAGCCCCUCCCGAGCAGAUACGUCGUCUCUGAGGAAAUCGUUUGCUGGACCGGUCCAUCGCCCAGCCCCUUUUCUGAUGUUGUGACCGUUAAUGUGAGCAAGGAGGGGAAGUCGAGGGAACGCUAUUCCUAUGUGCUACCAGUUGUCUAUUCCAUGGAGCCCGAUGUUGGUCCAAAGGCUGGAGGCACCAGAGUGACUAUCCGGGGGAGUGACCUCGGGGUGGGAUCCGAGCUCCACGUUCUGGUCAAUGACACCAAACAGUGUUUGGAUCUCGUGCGCACAGACAGCACCAUCACCUGCACCAUGCCCAGAGGGGAGCUGCUUGCCACCGUCCGUGUCUGCGUGCGCUUUGAGCACAAAUCCUGCAUCAGCAGCAACAUCACCUUUGACUACAUGAGGGACCCAGUCAUCACGGCCAUCAGUCCCCAAAAGAGCCCAGUCAGCGGCGGGAGGACCAUCACGGUGGAGGGCAGUCGGUUCGACAUGGUGCAGAAUGUGUCCAUGACGGUCAGUCACAUUGGCAAGGAGCAGACGCUCUGCAAGGUUCUUAAUUCCACCCUAAUUACCUGCCCCUCCCCUGGUGCCACAGCCAACAAGUCAGCACCUGUGAACUUUUUCAUCAAUGGGCAACCAUACGAAGAUGAGCAGGUGGCCAUGGAAGACCCCGGAGAGCCUAAGAAUAUGCUUCCCAGCAGCAGGUUCAGCCUGGAAUAUCUGCCUGAUCCCCAGUUCUCCACUGCCAAGAGGGAGAAGUGGAUUAAACACCAUCCGGGGGAGCCUCUCACCCUGGUCAUCCAUAAAGAACAUGACAACCUCGGUCUGGAAUGCCAUGAGUAUCAAGUGAAAAUUGGCCAGAUUUCCUGUGAGAUCCAGAUUGUCUCAGACAGAGUUAUUCACUGCUCAGUCAACGAGUCCCUGAGCACCUCAGAGGGGCACCUGCCCAUCACGAUCCAGGUUGGGAAUUUCAACCAGACCAUCGCCACACUGCAGCUGGGUGGCAGUGAGACAGCCAUCACCGUCUCUGUGGUCAUCUGCAGCAUUCUGCUCCUGCUGUCCAUUGUGGGGCUGUUUGUUUUCUGUACCAAGAGCCGUAGAGCUGAGAGAUACUGGCAGAAAACCUUGCUGCAGAUGGAAGAAAUGGAGUCCCAGAUCCGUGAAGAAAUCCGCAAAGGCUUUGCUGAACUGCAGACAGACAUGACGGAUCUGACCAAGGAGCUGAACCGAAGCCAGGGCAUCCCCUUCCUGGAAUACAAGCACUUUGUGACCCGUACUUUCUUCCCCAAGUGUUCCUCCCUCUAUGAGGAGUGCUACAUACUGCCUUCUCAGCCGCUCAACUCCCAGGGGGGAGCUCAGGUCCAGGAAACUCAUCCGCUGCUAUUGGGGGAGUGGAAAAUCCCCGAGAGCUGCCGGCCCAACAUGGAGGAAGGGAUCGCCCUGUUCUCCACCUUACUCAACAACAAGCACUUCCUUAUUGUCUUUGUCCACGCUUUGGAACAGCAGAAGGAUUUUGCUGUUCGAGACAGGUGCAACCUGGCCUCGCUGCUCACCAUCGCCUUGCAUGGGAAGCUGGAGUACUACACCAGCAUCAUGAAGGACCUGCUUGUGGACCUCAUAGAUGCCUCAGCCUCCAAAAAUCCCAAGCUGAUGCUUCGCCGGACAGAGUCCGUGGUGGAGAAGAUGCUCACCAACUGGAUGUCCAUCUGCAUGUACAGCUACCUACGGGAGACCGUGGGUGAGCCCUUCUUCCUGCUCCUGUGUGCAAUCAAACAGCAGAUCAACAAGGGAUCAAUCGAUGCAAUCACUGGGAAGGCCCGCUACACACUUAAUGAGGAGUGGCUGCUAAGAGAGAACAUCGAGGCUAAGCCCAGGAACCUAAACGUGUCCUUCCAGGGCUGUGGCAUGGACUCUUUGAGUGUUCGGGCCAUGGACACAGAUACACUGACUCAGGUGAAGGAGAAGAUCCUGGAAGCUUUCUGCAAGAAUGUCCCCUACUCCCAGUGGCCCAGGGUGGAGGAGGUCGACUUGGAGUGGUUUGCUUCAAGCACCCACAGUUACAUUCUACGAGACCUGGAUGACACUUCCGUGGUAGAAGAUGGACGAAAAAAGCUCAACACCUUGGCGCAUUACAAGAUCCCUGAAGGAGCUUCUCUGGCCAUGAGCCUAACAGACAAGAAGGACGGCACUCUCAGUCGAGUGAAAGAUUUGGACACUGAAAAAUAUUUUCAUUUAGUGCUUCCUACUGAUGAACUGAUUGAGAGUAAGAAGUCACACAAGCAGAGCCAUAGGAAGAAGGUUCUUCCUGAGAUCUACUUGACGAGGUUGCUCUCAACCAAGGGCACACUGCAGAAAUUUCUCGACGACCUGUUCAAAGCCAUCCUCAGCAUCCGAGAGGACAAGCCUCCCUUGGCUAUCAAGUAUUUCUUUGAUUUCUUAGAGGAGCAGGCUGAGAAGAGAGGAAUCACCGACCCAGACACUUUGCACAUUUGGAAAACCAACAGCCUACCUCUGAGAUUUUGGGUCAACAUCCUGAAGAACCCCCAGUUUGUCUUUGACAUCGACAAGACUGACCACAUAGAUGCCUGCCUUUCUGUCAUUGCCCAGGCCUUCAUCGAUGCCUGCUCCAUCUCUGACCUACAACUGGGCAAGGAUUCACCAACCAAUAAGCUUCUAUAUGCUAAGGAGAUUCCCGAGUACAGGAAAACUGUGCAGAGAUACUACAAACAGAUCCAUGACAUGACUCCUCUCAGUGAGCAGGAGAUGAAUGCCCACCUUGCAGAGGAAUCUCGGAAAUAUCGGAAUGAAUUCAACACUAAGGUCGCCAUGGCUGAGAUUUAUAAAUAUGCCAAGAGAUACCGUCCUCAGAUUAUGGCUGCACUAGAGGCGAAUGCCACCACGAGACGGACACAACUGCAACACAAGUUUGAACAGGUCAUUGCCCUGAUGGAGGAUAACAUCUAUGAAUGCUGCAGUGAGGCCUGAGACCAUCUCCUCACACCCGGGCUGGGCCUGCCCCACCCCUCCCCCCUAGAAGUGACCUUCUGCUAUCCAGUGCACUGCUAACUCUGAGACGUCUUUAAAAAAAAAUAUAUAUAUAUAUAUGAAUAUAUAUAAUAUAGACAACAGAUAUCUAUUUUAUGGUGUGCUGUAUGGUGAAGAAGAGGAUGAAGAAGAAAGCACCCCAGGGAUAAAGGCCCCCAAACAGAGGAUAGGAUGGAAGACCCACUGAAGCCAUGCUUUGUCUUGUCUUUGAUUAAUUUUAUUUUUCCAACCACUUGCACAGCCUGGGGCUGAAGAAGAGCAGAGAUGUCUAACAGGACUUCACCAAAAAUCCUUCCUCCAGCUGGGGCCACUGAGACUCCCCCCUCCACCCGCCAGGGAGAGGAACUGGAUCCCCAGAUAGAAUCCUGGCCUAACCCGAGCCAAAGUUAGGCCACCUCUGGCCACUGCCUCCUUGCAGACUUCAGUCCUUUGUCAUCCUCUUCCUCUUGGCCCAGCUACCACUCCAUGGUCUCUUGAUCCAUUUCCAUUUCGACAGGGUUCCCUGCCCCGUGAGUGGAGGGCAGGGGGAGGGAGAAUGGAUGGAGUGAUGUCAUGGACCAGCUAAAGCACCAGGCUAGAGAGUUAGGGGACUUACAAUGGGUGGAAAUAUGCUACUUCUGCCCCCAAAGUGUCUUCUGCCUUGACUCCAAACUUGGGGCUGCUGGUACCCUUCAGAGGGUUGGCCCACAGGAUGAGGAAUAAAGAAUGCCCACCUCUCUUCCUGGUGGACAUACCAUCCCCAGCCCCUACUAAGUGCAUGCAAAUGCACACACACACACACACACAUGCGUGCACACUCACACACACACACACAUGCACACUCACUCACUCUGGAACUUAUCAGUCCUAUUCCAAGUGCCUCAAGAAAGAGAAUUAUCCCUGCAGUACAGUGUUUAAAAUGCUGCAUUUGGAUUCAGAGGACCUGGCUUCACAUCCUGGCUCUGUGACUGUCUGUAACAAGUCACUGGGCCUCAAUUUUCUCAUCUGAAUAAUGGGGGGAAGGGGGGCUGCAGUAGGGACAUCUAAGUUACCUUCCAGCUCUAAGUCCUGUGAUCCUUAAGAUAAUGAAGCAUAUGGGUUUAGGGGAAGAAGACUGGUGUGUCAGGCCCUGAGAUAACACAUGGCUGGGAAUUAUCCCACUGCAUCCUCUGGGUGAGGGGUGGGGGGGGAUGUCAACCACCAUCCUGCAUCCCAGAACAGCUAGGUUUUAUUAAGGCCCUAUCUACAAACACCCCCACCCACCCAAAUCAAGUGUAAUAGACUGACAAGGAGUCAGGCUCAGGUUAAGAACUAUGCAAGAGGAGGAGAAGCCUUAGUUUGGGGGUAUCUCGUGCAUCUAAGAAAUGUGCACGGGCACUGACUGGUGACUCCAAGUAUAUUCCUUCUUCACCUUCUAAAAUGGUAUAAAAAUCUACUCCCUCCCCCCUGCCCCUGCCAACAUCCAGCUUCUGAACUUGUCUCCAUCAGUGUUCCCAAUGGAACACAUACACACACACACACACACACACAUACACACACACAUACAUAUAUACACACACACAUACAUACACACACACACACACAUAUACAUACAUCUUUCCUCACAACCACCAUAGAUGGCUGUACUCAGGCCUUCCAGGGGCUCAGUCAGAACUGCACAGGGGUUGAGCCCAAACCAGGGCAGCUGGAUGGACCGGAUGGAAGGCCAAGCAUGGGACAGGUAUCGGGGCUCUGAUGGUCCCCAUCACCCAAGGGGUACCAGCGCCAACCAAAUGCUACCUCAUCCAAGCUAGUCCCUGGAGGGGAGAUGGCGGCAUUGACCACAUUGGUGCCACCAGCCUUAACAAGCAAACUGCCAUUUUAUUUGUUCUUUGGUUCAAUGACAACAACGAAAUCCCCGAGUGAAUGGGGGAAGAGGGAGUUGGUUUGCAGGCGUGUCACCCAGAUUUGCAGUUUCCAAGGCGCCUGCUGGGCAUUCCUACUAGGAUGGUGACAAUUUCAAAUUUCACACGGACAAGAUGGGCUGAUGGAAGCUGAGAUGGUGAGAACAUAUGGACAAGAAGCCGUCUUCCAUGACAAGUGGGAAGCUGGGCCUGCACAUAUUCCAUCACAGACCAGUUCUCCCUCAGCUACGUGUCUGGAAUAAUGUGCCGGACGGGCAGACCAGGGAGACCCAGAGAGGAAGAGGCAAGGACAGAGGGGGCAGAGAAACGCUGGGGAAUGAAAAAGAGGUGGCUCUGAGAGCGUGCCUCUUGGAGGGAGGAAUUUCCAGAUCAACCAGGGUUGUAGCUGGACUACGCUGGACUUUUCAAUAGAGGUUUCUAAAAAUAGCAUCACUUUUUUUUUUUUGCUAAGUUUUUUUAUAUUAAAAAACCCCACACACAAAUCACACACAAACUGUGAAUAGCAGCCAGAUUGCGUGAAGGAUACAGGGGCUGAUGAGAAGGAAUGAAAUGGGAAGAUGGGAAUUUUGUAGCAAAAGUGGGAGGGAACAUUGGUCCUCCCCAGCCCUCCACCCAGGACCUAGAAUUGCCUGGAAUGGGGAAAUCUUCACUUGACACUGGAAAGGUAACUCCCCAGAAUGCAGUGCUCCUCACAGAGGUGACAGAGGGAGGUUAUAACCCGAUGCCCCACGUCCCACUUUAAAAAGCCAAAAAAAAAAAUUUAAAUUAAAGAUAUUA